GAUAUUUAUUUUUCCCCUCUAAGGUUUUCACCUUCUUCUGGAGCGUAGUCACAUUAUCUUCUGUUGUUGAGAUUCUCGUCUCCGCUUGCGUAACUCUUUCUGAGCAGUCUAUUAUAUCUCUCCUUACACUUUCAAUUGCGGAGAGGAUGCCAUCAAAUUUGGAUGAGAUGUCAGUUUUCAUAGUGUUAAUGGCAGCCAGUAUUGUUGUCAGAGAUGUACUGGUCUCUUCCUUGGUAGUUGCAAUGUUUUCCUCCGACUGUUUUUCGGGGCUAGCGCUGCUAGCGCUGCCAGCUCCAGCGCUAGCUUCCAUGGUCUCGUUGUUAGCGGUGAGCUUGGCUUUAACCGUCGGAGUUGCAAAAUUUGUUACUUUGGUUUGUUGUGUCCUACUCCGGCUUGACUUUCUUUGAUUCAUCGGUGUUUUCUCAAACCUUGGUAUUGUAGUUUGGCUGAAUGACGGACAGAAGUAGCCUAUUUUAGCAAGGAUUUAAAUUGUUUAGUAGCAGAGCAGUCUUGCACGCGUCUUCUCAGCAAGCCGCCAUAACCGGAAGUCCCCGUUUAAAGACUUUAUGCUCUUGGAGAUAAAGCACUUUGUAUUUGUAUCAAUUAGCUCAUCUUAACAGUUCACAUAUUUUUAGAUGUUUAAAUAUGCAGAAGACGAGCAAAUUGCAUUCAAAUGCCACACAUGCUUGAGAUGCAGUAUGUGUUAAUUGUGUUAUUAAAAGUGAUGGAAGUUGUCGGUAGUUAUGUAAAAAUAAACCUUUGUAGAUACUAUAAAUAGACAUAAUUAGGCACAUUGUUGACACCUCCUUUCUUUUGGGCAUUUUAAUGGAGUCAAAGCUGUUUUUAAGACCUGUAGUUUGCAUACUGAUUCUAACCCAGUUUGACAAUGAUCCUGCUUGAUGUUUGUAGUUACAGCUAUUACAUCACAGUGAAUUGACUGACUGAUUGAGUGAUUGAAUUCCAUUUCCCCAGGGUUAUUUAGAGAAUAGCUAUGGCCCGGUCCAGUCAGCAGCCUCAGUACAGCUGUAGUAACCCAGAGCAGUCAACUCCCCCUGCACAGGAUGGUGGGUCAUUCUUGGACAGAUGGAAUGUACCAUCUGACCGGCCACACCCAGAAGAGGAGGAGAUAGUGAGAGAUGAGUGUGAUUCAGCAGUGUCUGGAGCUCCACCUGCUGAGCAUGACAUUUCUCAAACCAGAGCUGCAGGCCCUGCUCGCCCUCCCUCGUACUCAGCACGGACAGGGUAGAACCAGAAAAUCAGGAAAAGGAAAGUCCUCAAAAGUGACCCAAUGUGGUUUCAUCCAUCUGAAUUUCCUGGAGUGGUGGUGGGAGGAGGAGUGCCCUCAGCAGGAGGAAAGCUGCACAGGAGUCAAAAGAGCAUGCCACUGGCCGCUUCCUGGCGUGGGAUAAACCAGCUCAGUCCAGCUCACAGAGCCGCGUUCCCUGCUGUUUUAACGCCAAGACAUGGCGUGGACAAGCAAGUGGUCCCCCUGAUGAGGGAUCGAGUACCUGCACAGGAAAGACCUCUACACCACCCUCCUCAGCCAACUCAACCAACCUGGUGGAUCACAAGGAUUCUCAAACAUCAGUUUCAGCGACCAGCACCAAAGCGGGAGCUGCUGUCACCAAGGCUGCUGAGGAAAACCUUCCUGAUCGCUGAGACAGAGAACAUGGAGGACUACCCUACUCAAAUCAUGUCCACAUUUGACAUUGAGAAAGUCCUCAAAUACGACUCUACCAAGAAGGUUGAAUGCGGAGCAGAGAGAAAAUCCUAUGAAAUUAUGGCCAAGCAUAACGCUGAGAUCCUCGUGGCUGUAAUCAAAUGUGAGGAGUCUCUGGACAAAAUGCAGCCAAUGGCUGAAGGCCUCAUGGAGGUACAGAAGAGCUGGUGAGGCACCUCCUGAACUGAUGUACGUGGACCGCGGCUGCUGUGGCGUUCAUGGUGUGUCACACCUGGAGCAGCUGUUCAGUGAGUGGGCCGACAGUGACAUGAUGGUGCGGCUUGACAUCUUCCACUGGAUUCACAGAUUUGAUGCAGCAGUCAGAACUGAUCACCACCCCAAGUACGCUCUCUUCAAGUCUGCGCUCUCUGCUGUGGUGUUCUCAUAUAAUAUGGACCACAUGGCACGGCUCAUCCAGGCUAUAUGUUCAGGUCACCACUCCAAGUAUGAUUCCCUCUCUGAUGUUCAGAUCAUUGAAAUGCAUGUCAGCAAAAAUGAAGCAUUGUGUCAGGAGGAUCACUGUUGGAGUCCUGGAGACCUUUUCACAUGUGCAGAAUGCCAUCAACAUCCUGAAGGGACCAGCUGGGAUGGAUGACAACCAGGUCCAUCUGUUCGAGGAUGCAGCAGCCAUCGACCGUGUCUGGGAGAACCAGCAGAAACACCUGGAGUGUUUCAAGGAUCCACCAGGGAGAGACAUUUACACCAUCACCAAGCACAUCACCCGUAAUGGUGUGGCCCUGCCACAUUCCAGCACAGUGAGAGGAAGCAACAGCCUGGAGGGAUUCCACUCCUUCCUGCCCAGCAUGAUACCAGGGCCCCACUGUGCUGCAGUCCUCUUCCAGGUGUAUCUGCUCAGUGGAAUUACAUGCUGGAACUCUGACAGGGAGUGAGCCGGCGUCAAUGGCCAGAAAGGGAGGAAGCACAUGGUGCACGUGUCUCCUCUGAUAGACCGCCUCAGCCAGAGGUGCCAGGACUUGUUUGGAUUGGUUGAGGAGGCAAACUACCGGCCUCCUGUGCCUGCUCGGGAGGAGCAAAUUGGUUUGGAGUAUCUGUUCUCUCAGUCGUCAGAACCAUUCAGAGGUCCAGACCAUUACACUUAGACCAGAGAGACCCUUCAAGCAGCGGAGGAGGAAGGUGAUGAGGUCUGUUCGGCCGCAGUAAAGGUGAUCCGGGUGAGUCAUCGCUGGUGCAAAAGCUGAAGUUCACACUCUCAACAGUACUUGCAGCUGUUCCCCAGCCGCAGGUAUCUGCAAGAUCAACUUUCUACAAGACAAAGAAAGCAGAGCGCUGUGGUACUGGAUAUCAGAGUGCCGUGAGACUGUACACCUGUGUACUAUGUGGCCACUCCAGUCAAGGACACAAAAAACACAGGAAAAAAAACAUACUGUGAAAAAUUGAAAUCAUCCACCUCCAAAGAACUUAUUUGAACCCAGUGUUUAUGUUGUCAUAAUGGAGGCCGUAACAAUCAAUAAUAUUAUUAUCAGUGAUAUUAUCAAUAAUAUUAAAAUCAACAAUAUUAUUUAUAUUAUUUAUCGGAUGUUGUCUGAUCCGAUAGGACAUGCGAAGUCUGAGAAGGUUGGCUGUCGGCUGUCUGAGCCAUUGGAUUCUCUGUUUGGCAGUGUGCUAGUGAAUCAGCACGGUGUGUGGGAGGGGCGGGAUACUGUGUGUGCACUGGUUUUCUACGCACUCCGUUCCUCAGUUCUUGUUUUCAUGUUUGGGAGUACUGGCAUGAGACUAGCUGUUAUUAUGUCCGUUCAGGACGAAUUAAUCUGUGUUUGUUUGGUAAUGCCUCGCUGCAUGUUUAGUAUGCAGCUGUUUUUGUCUGAAAUAGUUAAGUUUCGUUUUGAUCAAAAGUAAAGAGAGUUGAAUGCAUAAACCUCUAGUCCAGCAUCUUUAACACUAGAGCCAGUUGGCCAUAUUUAUUUUGUUUAUUUAUAUUUUAUUUGACAGGGACAGUGCAUAUUAAUAAACAUUUCUGUAAAUAUACCACAUUUAGCCAGAAGGCUAGUUUUCAUCUGCAGUCCCUGGCCAGAUGUAACAAUAGGCUCCCUGAAAGGCAAAUAACAAGAUUUAAAAAAACAAAACAAAACAAAACAACACAUCAACUAAGAUAAGAACAACACUUUCUGAUAAAACAUUAAUCAUAACCACAUAUCCUGUAAGUAUUUAAUAGUUCACGGGAUAAAAUACAUAAAGCGUGCAGGACAAACAACAGUCAGUAUCAGACAAAUUCAAAUAAAGGUAAAACUAGAGAGAGAAUACAGAGAGGCAUGCGCAUCACAUGCAGGCAGUAGCCCACCAGAGCAGACAGCACAUGCACACAACAGCACAACAUACAGCAACAGUGCAUAAAAACAAAAACAAAACAAGAAAACAACAGCAUGUCUAUCAGUCAUAAACAAACAAAAAACUAACCAAACAACAACAACAACAACAACAAAAACAUGAAAACGAACCAUAUGGACGAGCUAAGCAAGCAGGACAAAAUCACAGACACACUGACACAAGAAGGCAACAGCAGGGGGAUCAGGUUCAGUGCUGGCAGGUCAUAUUAUCAAAAAAAACACUGUUUCAUAUUGGAACUAAAGGACCGAUACGUGUUUAGAUCUCUGAUACAUGUUGGGCUGUCGUUCCAUUCUCGUGAGGCUGUGACAGAGAAGGCUGACUGACUAAAAGCACUUUUCCUAGACGGAAUAAUGCAGUCCCCCCUUGUGACUCCUCUUGUGAUCCGACAUGGAUUUGUUCUAAUGUUAACAAAUUCUCUGAGUGGAGGAGUGGACAAGCCAUGUAUGAUUUUGCAGAAAAGACAUGCGUUUUUGUGCUUAAUCAUGUUUUCCCAACUCAAUAGAUUGUAUUUUAUUAAAAUUGCACAGUGGUUGUGUGAUUAGCCUGAGACCAGCUCGUCAAACAAUAAAGAUGUGAGGGGGAUGCCGCCCCCCUUGUUAGCGAAAUUACCAAAAAGCAUCCCCCUUGUUAACCUGCCAUCAGUCUCCAUCCCCUGGUAGCAGAUAGUGUGUUACAAAUCACAAGCGGUCGCGAUCAGCUCCAUCGCUCAGUGGACUCAAGCCGCGCACGGCUGCUUUGUGAUCCAGCUGCCUUAACCUCCCCCACCAUUUUCGACCUUCCCAAGUUGAUUGGUGUCACUAAGUCUUUAGGACCUUUGGUUCCCCGAGUUAUGGCCAAUUCAAAAAAUCAACUUUUGAUAGGAACUAUGUACAACAAACUAAAUCUAACUAUACCCACAUCUAACUAUCCCUAUCUAACCCCAUCUAAACUAACUAUGAACUAUAUACAACCUAACAACAUCUAAAUACAACUACCUACCUAAUAUAUACAAUUGAACUAUUUACAAAUACAAAAAAUAUAAGGAGAACGUCGGCCGUGUUUAACUCAUAUCCCCUGUUGAUUGAGGCAAAAGUUAGUGUGCAGAAACUGUUUAGGAGCAUGUUUUGGCCAUUUGGAGUCGCUCUGUACCUAUAACAAAAGUUGAAAUUUUCCAACUUUUGGGUGACGUUUUCCAAAGUGUGAGAGUUUGGGUUCAGGCACAUUCCCCGACUGGUUGAGGUUAGUAAACAUGGCCAGGUCAGGCUCUAAGUACCUAGUACAUACAAGUCAACUGCAAGGAAAGUAAGUCAUUUGUCAGACAUCUAUUGGACUCUUUAGUCUGGCAUCGGUGAUGCUAGGCAACUGGAAGUCACCUAGCAUCACCGAUGCACCUAAGCCCCCACGCCACGUCAAGGCAGAGUCCAUGUGGGGGUCCUAACUAUAACUAUAUACAACUAAAUUAAUGGAACUAAGACUACAUCUAACUAACUAUAACAAAGUGUCAAACUAAAAAUAAAUCUAACAAAGUAUACUGAACUAAAACUAAAUACAACUAACAAACUAAACUAACUAUAUACAUUAUAACUAUUUACAAAAAGGAGAACGUCGGCCAUCUUUAACUCAUUGUCUCUGUUGAUAGAGGUCAUAGAGUGCUGUCAGUGGGAAAACUAACGUGAAUGUCAGGCACAGUAUUCAGCAGGUAUCAGUUUGGCAGCUACAGCCAACCUAUGCUGGCUGACAUAGGUCGGCUGUAGCUGCCUCUGCGAUACCUGCUAAAUAUUGUGCCAGACAUUCACUUUAUUUUUCCCACUGACAGCACUCGGAACCUCGAUCAACAGGGUUAAGGAGUAAAAACGGCUGAUAUUCUCCUUCAAACAAUCACUCGUUUAAGGAGAGGUUAUGCUAUAUGGCGCGCUUCUCUGGGACUCUUCUAUGGG